ACUUUAAGGUGGCGGGAAAAGAAGAGAGAUUUUGUUAUCCCUUUGGUGGUGUCUGGUGUAUUGUAAAAUGGGGAACGUGACGUCGAGCAUGGCUUCGAAGCUCGCCUUUUUCCCACCAGACCCACCAACGUACGGUGUUUACAUGGAGAAAGAUGGGCUGCUGGCUUUAACCGGGGUGAUUCCCGACAAGAACAUGAAUGUCCAUCUGCUUGAUACCAAAGGCGGUAAUAAAAUCGCUGCCACCUUCUGGAAACACCCUUAUGCCAGGCUCACCCUCUUGUAUUCCCAUGGCAAUGCUGCUGAUUUAGGCCAAAUGCAUGACCUCUUCAAUGAACUCCGAGCCUACCUCCGUGUCAAUAUUAUGAGCUAUGAUUACUCAGGUUAUGGAGCAUCAUCUGGCAAGCCAUCCGAACUGAACACGUAUUACGACAUAGAAGCCGUAUGCAAUUGUUUGAAGAAAGAAUAUGGGGUUAAACAGGAAGAACUGAUAUUGUACGGCCAAUCUGUUGGAAGUGGACCGACUCUACAUUUGGUCCCUCAUUUACAGAAACUAAGAGGAGUUGUUCUUCAUAGUCCCAUCCUUUCCGGCGUUCGGGUCCUAUAUCCGGUCAAGACGACCUUCUGGUUCGAUAUCUUCAAAAAUAUAGACAAAAUCCAGCGUGUUAACUGCCCAGUUUUUGUUAUACAUGGCACGAAUGAUGACACAGUGAAUUGGUCUCAUGGGAAGCGAUUAUGGGAACUUUCAAAGGAAAAAUACGAUCCUUUAUGGAUCAAAGGUGGAGGCCACUGCGACCUGGAAACUUUCCCCGAGUACAUUGAGAAUCUACGCAAAUUCAUCAAUAAUAUGGAGAAGAUUUCGAUUACACAACCAGAUAAACAACUUACUUACAGCCCCAGUUUUACAGACUUUAAAAGCAAUAAAUCCUUGAGAUUUAAGUAA